AUGUCCAUCCCCAGCCGUAACGCCCUCCUCCGUCUCCCUCCCACGAUACCCCGUCGCGUCUUCUCCCACAGCCAAACCCUCCCACGCUCUCGUCCACCUCAUCCGUUUGCACGCCACCCAACAAGAACCCUCACGACGACCCCGCCCGCCGCCGCCGUCAAGAUGGCAUCAUCAUCAUCAUCGUCGUCACAGCCCACAGAACCAACAUCAACAACCGCCAAAAUCGAGGGCGGCGCCCAGGCCCAGCGUAACCCGCAUCCGGACUUCAAGUCCAUCGAGGCCGCCCGCCCCGACUUUGACGCCUCCCUCGGCGUUCGCUUCACAAAGACCGUCGACCCGGACUGGAAAUACGGCUCCGGCGCAAACGCCCUCGGCCGCUCCGACGCCGCCCACGUCGCCAUCGACCCCCACGAGGAGGGCCGCCCCGCCGGUUUCAACUACAAGCUCCUCAUCAGCGGCGUCGUCCCCCGCCCCAUCGCCUUCCUCUCUACUCGCUCCGCUGACGGCACCGCCACGAACCUCGCGCCUUUCAGCUACUUUAACAUGGUCAACCACGACCCGCCCCUCUUCGUCGUCGGCUUCUCCGCGUCCGUCGAGAGGCCCAAAGACUCGCUGCGCAACCUGCUGGAGUCGCGCGAGUGCGUCAUCAACAUCAUCGGCGAGGGCUUCCUCGAGGCCGCCAACUCCACGAGCGUCAACGCCCCUUACGGCCGCAGCGAGUGGGACGUCAGUGGCCUCACCCCCGUCUACGACUGCAAGCACGUCCGCGCCGCUCGUGUCAAGGAGGCUGUCUUCAGCGUCGAGGGCACUCUCGACUUCUAUAGGGAGUAUGACUCCAAGGCAACCCCCGGCAAGAAAAGCGGCGUCGUCGCCUUCAUCGAGGGCGUCAACUUUUGGGUGCGCGAGGACGCCAUCAACGACCAGAGAAACAUUAUCGACCCAGCCGUCCUUCGCCCCGUCAGCAGAUUAGGCGGCAUCACCUACGGACGCACCAACGAGGUCCUGGAGCUUCCGAGGGCCGACUGGGAAAAGGACAUUGGCGGCGACGAGGGCUGGGAGAACGUCACAAAAGGUGGGCAGUAA